AUGGCUGUCAGGUAUUUUCUUGGAGUUCCCACGACUGCCCUUGUGGUAGUCGGACUGUAUAUGCUUUUCCAGGGCGAAGGCGAAGCUUUCAAUGUCGGCCGUUUCCUUGAGGAGGUAUCUCCUUUCGCCUUUGCGAACAUUGGUAUUGCGAUGUGUAUUGGUUGCUCGGUAGUCGGAGCUGCAUGGGGUAUCUUCCUGACUGGCUCAUCGAUCGUGGGUGGUGGUGUGCGGGCGCCUCGCAUCCGCACUAAGAACCUGAUCUCUAUCAUUUUCUGUGAGGUCGUGGCUAUCUACGGCGUCAUCAUGGCGAUCGUUUACUCUGCGAAGCUCAACGCGGUCCCCGAGAGCGAGAUCUACACUCAGAGCAACUACUAUACGGGUUAUGCACUCUUCUGGGGCGGCAUCACUGUUGGAUUCUGCAACCUGAUUUGCGGUAUUUCUGUGGGUAUCAAUGGCAGUGGUGCUGCUCUCGCCGACGCUGCCGACCCAACCCUGUUUGUCAAGAUCCUUGUUAUUGAGAUUUUCAGUUCCGUUCUGGGACUGUUCGGUCUUAUUACUGGUCUGUUAGUGGGCGGUAAGGCCUUGGACAUUGGCGCGGCCUAA